AUGGAGAAAAAUAAAACAAAAGAAUUCUUUUUCUAUAUCGCACAAAAAGUAUAUCUCCUAGGUGCAUCGAAUUAUUGGUCAGAAGACUUGAAACUUCCAAAGUCAUUUUACAAAAUUCAUGACAAUUUAUUUUUAAUAACAGAUUUCAUAAUAAUUCUGUUUAUCGGCUCAGAGUGGCUUGCGCUAUUCACUCAGAAGAAUUUAACUUAUAAACAAAGUGGUGACUUGUUCGUUUUUGCAUGCUCUCACCCAAUUCUGCAUUUGUACAGUUUCUUUAUGAAGUUUAAUAAGGAUAAAAUAAGUGAAGUAUUACUACAUCUGACAAUCAAUCUGAAGAAAUCGUUCAACGACCACGACGUGGAAGAACGGAUGAUCAGGCGAUCAAAGAUUUACACUAUGAUAUUUGUCAUUAUAGCAUGCUCCACAUUGCUGAGUUUCGGAGUCGAUGCUCUAUUGCAUGGUCGUGUUGCAGACGGCACAUUCACGACAGUAAUAACUGCGUGGCCGGACGUCGAAGAUCGGAGCUUCGGUGCAGGUCUCGUUAGGAUUGUCAUCUAUAUUAUUUGGUGGUAUUUCGUUAUCAGAUUGAUUUGCGUUUUCUGGGUAAUAAUUCCAGUGACAAUUUUGCUAAGCCAUCAAUUCAAGAACUUGACAAGUUACUUUUACAGUUUGUCAGAAAUAUUCCAUGGAGAUGAAAGUCAGGACGAGAAGGAGAGGAAAUAUGAAGAGGCUUUUAAAUUGGGAAUACAAUGGCAUGCUGAUACUUUAAGAUGUACCAGGCUCUGCCAAAAUGCGUUCUAUUUUGUAUACAGCGGACAAAUUUUACUUAAUGUAUCAGUUAUCAUUCUCCUCGUUGUACAGCUUGUGAUGUCCGAGCGAACGGUAACGAGCAUAUUGGCGAACCUAAUCCUGUUCGCGUCAAUGGUGGUUGGCACUGGAUGCCUCAUGUGGAACGCCGGAGACGUUACUGUCGAGGCGUCCAAGUUACCAACGGCGAUGUUUCAAUCCGGCUGGCAUAACUGCAGAGCACAGGCCUCACGUCGCGUUAGACCCCUGGUGGUCAUUGCUAUGUUGCAUAGUCAGAAGGCUGUGCAACUUCAUUGUCUUGGAAUAAUUGAGAUGUCUUACGAAUCCUACAUAUCGAUUAUCAAGAUGUCGUAUUCCGUGGUGUCCGUGUUAUAUUAG